AUGGCCCAAAGCAACGGAUAUGGAAGCGAUGUCUGGACGAGUAUCAGUCCCUACAGCCAAAGUCCGUACAAUGCCAGCCCGUUGACCGAGUAUCCAUCCUUUGGUGCCUUUGGCGUCCACGGACUACCAUCAGAAUCGAUAAACCGAAUGCCACCACCACAAACACACCAAAUGAUACAACCAGCACCACCUCCAAUGGCACACCAGCAGCUUCCUCUCCUUAAUACAAACCAGACCUGGCCGAGUCAGUUGACGAAUCCGGCUCCUUCUCAAAGCUAUCCAGCACCACCAGUAUCUAUGGCGCCAGCCACCAGCGCUCCACCUGUGGAAGCCCCCAGGUUACCGACACAGCACGAAAAAUCGAGAAAAACCCUGACUACAGAGCAAAAGAGAGCUAUGUGCCAGUUUCAUGAGGACAACCCUGGUACUCGACAAGCCGAUAUUGGAGCCCGGUUCGGCGUUGAGAGAAGCACGGUAUCGAAGGUUCUAAGACACAAGGAUCAGUACUUGAAACGCGAUCAAGAGCCGGAAAAUGCCGCAGUGAAGCGUGGAAAAGGCAAGCAUCCCGAUUUCGAUCGAACACUCAGCAACUACGUCAGGAGACAGCAGCAACGAGGGUUUCAGGUCAGCGACGAAGAGAUCAUGGAGCAGGCAAGACUAUUUGCUCAUGCGAGUGGUAAUCAAGAGAGUGUAUUGAACAACCUGAAUAGCAGCUGGCUUCAAAAGUUUAAGCAAAAACAUGGUAUUGGGGCAGGCAAAUUGAUGCGGAGAGCCUCAGAAGCCAACAUACCAGACAGUGCAAGACUAUCGACACUUGCCACGAAGGCCAGCGACUUAUCCCCCGUGUCACCAACAGGACAGCUCUCGCCCCUAUCCGGAAGCAGAAGCGACGAAGAGGCACAUGCCGAUGGAAUCGACUUCGACUUUGGUUACAAACAUGCAGAAUCCCAAUCAACGACGUCACUAUCCAGUGAUUUCAGGGACAAUGUUGCAUCUUCGUUCUCAACAGGCACAAUGAGCCCUACGGGUACGUUCACUUUCUCUCCUGAUCCCAAUGUGGGAGGCUUCCCAAUGGAUUUCCAGCACAGGGAGAAGAGGAGCAAUACAUUCCCAUCCCUUAACAUUGAUUAUGUGAACCAAAUUUCAUGCUCAACAGAGCCAAUGACUCCUCGGUACCCCUCAUCGUCGACUGCGCCGUCUUCAGCUCUGGAGUCACCCCAGCAUGAACUGCAGGCACCAUUCAGUAUCGACACCAACGUCAACUCACCGCCUCCGGUACUGCGUCGCAGCAGCAGCAACUCGAGUAUAAAUCGCUCUACUGCAGCAAACAGUGCUACAUCGUCAACCUCGAUCGACUCAUCUCCAGUUUCGCCGUCCCAGGAGGAUGCUCGCCGAGCAGCACAGACACUGCUCAACUACAUCCAAUCAGCUGGCACAUUUGACCCAAGCGACUAUCUGUCCAUCGUCCAGUUGACCAAAAAGCUCAAGAUCCACCAAGGCCGACCGUCCAUUGGUGGUUUGUCCCGUAUCCCCGAAGGCGACGUCGAAGCACCGGUUCUUUUAUCGGCCAAGAUGGAACCAGCCUGA